GAUGGUGCGAAAUUUGCAUGUAGAAAUUAGGCACAAAACUACAAAAAGUAUACGAUCAGAGCAGCAGCCAUUUCCAACCCUAAAACCCACAUCAAUUUCUAGCAGCCUCCAUUACGUUUACCCUUCAAUCCCUCCACCUCAUCACCGGAAUCUGACGUCAUGGCUCAAAACCAUCACGUAACCUCCGCCGUCUUCACUAUUAUCACCACCAUUACCAUUCAUUGAAUCAACCUCCCAUUUAUCUCAUUUUCCACACAUUUUCAAUUUCAAAGCAUAAAAAUCCUUACCCAACUCAAAUUCAAGCCUUAUCUAGACUUUGGGUUGCUGUUUUCAUUUGGUUUAAAAAUGCCUAUUUUGAAGAGCUAUGGAGCUUGCUUGAGAGAGUCUUCCUUCCAGUUCCCUCGCUCCCAUCGCAUCGAUAACUACAAGAGGAGAAAUGUGAAAUGGAGGUCGCCCCAAGCAGCAAUAAUACCCGAUUUCCACCUCCCAAUGCGUAGCUUCGAGGUUAAAAACAGGACAUCAGCCGAAGAUAUAAAGGCUCUUCGACUGAUAACAGCCAUCAAAACCCCGUAUCUACCUGAUGGAAGGUUUGAUCUCGAAGCAUACGAUGAUUUGGUGAAUAUGCAGAUUGAAAACGGUGCCGAAGGGGUAAUUGUUGGUGGCACAACCGGUGAAGGCCAGCUAAUGAGCUGGGAUGAACACAUAAUGCUUAUCGGUCAUACUGUCAACUGUUUCGGCGGAUCCGUUAAGGUAAUUGGUAACACGGGAAGUAACUCAACCAGGGAAGCGAUUCACGCCACCGAACAAGGCUUUGCUGUUGGAAUGCAUGCCGCUCUUCACAUCAAUCCUUACUAUGGCAAAACCUCUCUAGAGGGCUUGGUUUCUCACUUUAAUAGUGUACUACCAAUGGGCCCUACUAUCAUAUACAAUGUCCCGUCACGAACUGGCCAAGAUAUUCCUCCGCGUGUCGUCAAUACUGUGGCACAAAGUCCUAACUUGGCUGGUAUCAAAGAAUGUGUUGGAAAUGACCGAAUUGAGCAAUAUACAGGUAACGGAAUUGUAGUGUGGAGUGGGAACGAUGAUCAGUGCCAUGAUGCUAGGUGGAGCCAUGAGGCUACCGGGGUAAUUUCCGUUACUAGUAAUCUGGUUCCCGGUUUGAUGCACGAACUCAUGUUCAAUGGGAAAAACGCUUCACUUAACGCGAAGCUCUUACCUUUGAUUCAAUGGCUCUUUGAGGAACCUAACCCCAUUGGUCUUAACACAGCCCUUGCACAACUUGGGGUUGUGAGGCCGGUUUUUAGGUUACCGUAUGUACCUCUUCCGCUGGAAAAGAGGGUCAAAUUUGUUGAACUGGUCAAUGAAAUCGGGCGAGAGAACUUUGUUGGAGAAAAAGAUGUUCAGGUACUUGAUGACGACGAUUUCAUCUUAGUUGGUCGAUAUUAGUUUUUUUUUUGUCUAUGUUCAGGACUCGUUGCCCGGUGUCUCGAUUUUCGACUCUGUUUCGUUUAUAGGACUACAGAUAAAGUCUACCCGGUUGUUUAUAAGAAAAAAUAAAAACAUAUGGUAAAGAUCAAGGUGUGUUUUUGUUAAAAGUUGUCUUUUUGGAUAAUGUUUGUCUUUCUUGUAAGCCCAGAUCAAUGUGUUUCUCUGGCCUACGUAUAACUAUCUUGCGAUGUUAGGCCUGGUCCGUAAAUAAACCGAGCUUGAGUGAACGAGUUUUUGUUUA